CCAGCUGAGCCCUCCCUGUCAGCCCUGCCCGGAGCUGGAGCCAUGGCCCAGGCAAAGGCCAUGGCCGGGCUGAAGGAAGAGCUGACCUGUCCCAUCUGCCUGGACAUCUACAAGGAGCCCAUGAGCGUGGGCUGCAGCCACAGCUUCUGCAAGGACUGCAUCAAGCAGGCGCUCCGGGGCCAGCAGAGCCCUGCCCGGUGCCCGCUCUGCCACUCGCCCGUCGGGGAGCUGCGGGCCAACUUCCACCUCCGCAACAUCGUGCAGAGGUUCGUGGACGGUCCCGCGCACCAAGAGGAGGAAAAGCAGGAAGGGCAAGGCAAGGAGAAGGGGGAAAGCUCGGGCCAGGCAGGGCAGGUGGUGCUGUGCGAUUCCUGCCUCCAGGAGCCGCAGCCCGCAGUGAAGACGUGCCUGAGCUGCGAGGCCUCGCUGUGCCAGGCGCACCUGAGCAGGCACAACAGCCGGAACGGGCAGAAGAGCCACGUGCUGGUGGAGCCCUGCGACGGGCAGCUUUUGGCCGAGAGGAGAUGCCCCCAGCACGGCAAGCUGCUGGAGUGCUUCUGUGAGAGUGACUCGGAGUGCAUCUGCGUCCUGUGCUCCGUCAUCUCCCACAAGAACCACAAGAUCAUCAGCUUGGAGGAGGCUUUCAGCGAAGCCCAGGUAUCUUUAACUGGAAUUCUGAAAACAUUGAAAAACCAUGAAGCUGCCGUGGAUAAAGCCAUAACAAAACUGCUGAAACAAAUGGACAGACUAAAGAUCGAUGAGAGCCAGCGAAGGGAACGGCUGGAGGGCCUGUUCAAGGAGAUGUAUAAGGAGCUAGGGAAGAAAAAAGGGGAGGUCCUGAAAGUUCUCAAUGAUUAUGAGGAGGAAGAACUUUCUAAGAUUCAGACAGAGGUGGAUAAUCACAAGAGGAUUAAGGAUUUGGCCAGCCAGGAUGUUCAGGAGCUGGAGGCUCUGAGGAAUCAGAAGGACACGCUUCUUUUCACCAAGGCUUUUUCAGCGAUCAAAGGCAGGAAAUGCCAGCCACUUCCUCAAAGGGAAGCUGUGCUAAAGCCACCCAUUACUUUGGAUAAAUCAACAAAAGAUGAGAUUCUGAGACUUUUCCAGCAAUUCAUCUCAAACAUGGAGGUCUCCUUUAAGCAGCAACCUAUCCCCAUAUCAUCUUGGGGAUUUGCAACAUCUACUGGUCCCUUGUCAUUUAGUGGUGGUACAACAUACUAUGGAUCCAUUUAUGGAUCUACCUCUCAUUUUCCUUACAACUAGCCUAACGAAACACAAAUUCAGUGGCAAUCAUAAUGAUAACAAUCAUAGAAAGGAGGAAGAGAGAGAGAAAACCCAACCAAAACUAUUAGUGCACAGCACGAUUGCUCCCCCAUCACCUGCUCCCUGAUGUCCAGCCACUGUUCCCGAGCAGCAAGUGGCUCCUUGUGGACAUCUGCCCCCAGUUCAUACACUGGGCAUGGUGUUCUGUGCUGUGGAAUAUGCCUUUGGCCACUUUGGGUCACCAGCCCCAGCUAUGCUCCUUCCCAGCUUUUUGUGCACCUCCUCGCUGGCAGAGCAUGAUUCACCGAAAGCUCCUCGGCUCAGGUCUAGCACUGCUCAGCCACAGCCAAACCAUCUUUCUGUUACCAACAUUAUUCCCUACUGAGCCCAAAACUGUACCAGCUGCUGAGAAGAGAAUGAAUUCUCUGGAAUGGAGUUCUCAGGAUUAGAAUGAAUCCCAGCCCAAACCAGGACAGGACUCCAAUACACACAGUGCCAUCCCAGAGCUGCUGGGAGGAGGAGACCAGCAAUGAGAGCUGCUGGAAGCUUGGAAUUGUUUGUGCCUGGUUUGAAUGCUGCCUCUGUGUGUU